AUGCCCGGGAAGUGGCUGCCAGGGGCUGAUUCCCAGCCGCGGGCCCUGCGGAGGCUGGCAGCCGGCCCCACGCCGUGCGAAGGGGACAUCCAGGUGUUCCAUGAGGGACAGUGGUGGGAUCUGUGUGAGUCCAGAGCAGCGCAGCGAGACAGGCACGGCCGGCAGAUCUGCCGGGAGCUGGGCUGUGGGAAUCUCACCUCCAGCACAGAAAUCCGGGAGCCCCCCUCAACGGGAGUCACCUGUGGGCUUGAACCCCUGCACCUCUGCCAGCCCAAACCUGGGAAUAGCCGGAGCUGCUCCCGGACCAGAGUUGUGUGCCAGGACUCAAAGCCGCUUCCCACGGGAACAUCUGCUGGAACCGUCGUGAGCAUCUGCCUGGCCCUGCUGCUUUUCCUCAUCCUUUCCCUGAUCUGUGGCCCUCCUGCCUAUCGGAAGCUGAUGAAGAGAAUUUCCAAGAAGAAGCAGCGCCAGUGGAUCGGCCCCACGGGACUCAACCAGACGGUGUCCUUCCACCGCUCCAGCACCGCUCCGAGGCCUCGGGGACAGGGAGGGGACAACGACUACGCUCAGCCCCCCAAAAGGACCUCCCAGCUCUCUGCUUACCCAGCUCUGGAAGCAGCGUGCCGGCGUUCCAACCCUCCGGACAACUCCUCGGACAGUGACUAUGACCUGCACUCCGCCCGCAGGGUGUGAUUCCCUGCUUCCCAAAGGAGCUGAUCCCACCUCCCACCUCAGCUUUGGGGGCAUCCCAGCAUUCCAGCAUCCUUCCAGGAGCUCUUCCCAGCCUCCUCAUGGGAGAAAAGGAGGUUUUUGUUUGGUUUUUUUUUAAGCUAUUUAUAGGAAUUUAAGAGGUUCCCACUAUCCCUUUGGAAUAGUGGGACCACCAGCUUCUCCAA